GCUGGAAAUUAGGGAAGGACUUAAACAUUGACAGAUGGCGUGAUCCGCAUCCUCUUUAAGUAGGGUUCUGUUUAAACCGACUACAUUUUACAUUUUCAAAGCGAUGCUGUGUGAGUGUAUCUUCCUCCGUGGUUAACUAUUUCCAGCUGCUAGCGAUGGACUAAACACCUUCGAAGGGUUCUGGUUUCCUGUUGUUCCAUCAGUCGUUUCUCUAAAGAAAAUCCCAAUGGACGCCUUGCAGAGGAGGAGGAUUCCGGAAGAUCUGGUCCAGUAUAAACUUUUCUUGGUCCAUGCAGAGAGUUCAUCUCCCCAGCAGACUGAAGAACGCCUCAAACACCUGACAGAGGAGAUUUUGGCUAAAGUAGCCAAACUUCUGGUCCAAUACAUCUGGCAGGAUCAACCAUUCAAUCUGAAAUACCAUCCAGAAAUAGGAGAUGUUCCUGCUCACAUUGGAGGCAGCACUCGCUUCGGAGACAACAUUGAGGAUGAGUGGUUUAUUGUUUACCUCCUGCAGCAGAUCACAGAAUUGUUCCCAGAACUUGCAGCCAGAAUUGAAGACAAUGAUGGGGACUUUCUUCUGAUCGAAGCAGCUGAUUUUCUUCCUAAGUGGCUGAACCCAGACACAAGUGAAAACAGGGUCUUCAUCUACAGGGGAGAGCUGCACAUCCUUCCUCGCCCAUCCAAAUCCAGUUCAGUCGGCUUCUCACUCGAUGUGGUCCCCAGUUUGGCACAAGCUCUCACACUGCUCUCUGCUCACCCUGAAGCAUGUCAGGCGAGCCCAAAAAUUCUUUCAUCUUUAAAGAAAAGACUAGAAGGGUAUCCAGAGAAGAUUAAGGAUAAUCUCUACCGGGCUAAGUGCUUCAUCCCAGCUGGCAUUGCUUCUGUUCUGGCACAGCGUCCAGACUUGGUGGCCCCUGCGGUCUCUGCCUUCUACCUGCGGGAUCCUUUGGACUUACAGACUUGUCGGACCUUCAAGACAUUUCCUCCUGAUACAAGAGUGCUCACCUUGGUUAAAUUCACCCGCUGCCUGUAUGCCCAGCUUCAGCAGCAGCAGUUCACUCCAGAUCGGAGGAGCGGCUACGACCUGCCUCCUCGCUCUCAUCCAUUGUACAAAGCUCAUGAGCUUGGAAUGAAACUGGCACACGGCUUUGAGAUCCUGUGCUCUAGGUGCAGAACGCCGUCAUCUGAGCCCGAUGCUCCGAUAGGCUGCAACCCUCAGUGGAAAAGCUUCAUGGAGAGUCUAAAAAAGAAUGGCUACUUCAGAGACCAGCUGGAAGGUUCGUCUUUGUAUAAAGAACUCCUAAGGUCUGCAGAAAUAUUCUUCAAACAAUCAGUUAUGUCACAGCCAAGCUCCCGCUCUGCAGGAGAGGAGAUUCUCCAGCUGCUUCAGAGCAGUCCUUUCAACUUGGAAGAGUUAAAAAAACUUGAGUCACAACUCCCCCAAGAAGACAGUGACAGCUGGUUGGAUAUCACUGCUCAAGAUUUAGAGCAAUUGCUGCAAGAGAGAAGCGGCAGGAUCCCUGAUGUAGGCAGAGAAGGCUUCAGCCCUGCCAAACAGAAACUACAUGUUAAAGAUGCAGCGGAGAGGAGGAAUGAGGCUGAGGAGGAGAUGAAGGAGGAAGAAGCAGGUUACAGUCUUGUAGCUGUCAGCAAAGGGAUGAAGGACUUCCUCAAUGCCAUGUCGUCCCAUGAAGGGGCCGAACUGCCCUGGAGCGGUCAAACUCAGCCUUUUGAUUUUGACCCAAACUCCGUGGCUAAUGCUCUUGAUAAAUUAUUAGGAAGCAAAGAGGAAGAGUUGGAUUCGGAUGAUCUGGAUGAUGAUGAUGAGGGUGAUGAUGAGGAGGAAGUAGAUGAGUUGGAGGAAGGCCAAGCUGAUCCCAUGGAAAUGAAUGGCACAGCAAGUCUGGAUAGCCUUAAAAGAUAUAUGGACCAAAUGGAUCAGGAGCUGAAAACCACUAAUGUAGGACAAAGCUUCUCUCAAAUGGCUCGCACGGACAGCAGCUCAGGGGACGGGCAUCCAUCAGCGGAAGGGGGAGUUGAGGAAAUCCAGCCUUUGGACAUUGACAUUAACUUGGUUGCUAAUUUGUUGGAGUCUCUGAGCAGUCAGGAGGGACUAGCUGGACCUGCUUCAAAUCUACUGCAGAGCCUGGGAAUACAACUACCACCCAACUCUGACCCCUCAUAGAGAGGAGGAGGAAAAAAAGGACUGAAAUCAGGAACUGUUGAAAGAGAAGCUAAGAAUGAACAGAUGGAAAAAGUCUGGCUUCUUAAUGUCAAAGAGUUUUAUGGUUGAAAUGCUUUGUGUUUGUUACAUCUGCAAUAAACCUGACCUAACUAAAAAAUAGGUGCAA